AUGGCAAAGGACAAGGCACUGGGCCCAGAUGGUUUCUCGAUGGGUUUCUUCCAGAAACAUGGGGCUAAGGUAGUUGAAGAUUUUCGUCCCAUAAGCCUGGUGAGUGGAGUUUACAAAAUUAUCUCCAAGGUCCUGGAAAAUAGGCUUAGCUCAAUGAUGGAACAUAUUAUUUCUAAGCCUCAAAAUGCCUUCAUUAGGGGGAGACAGAUUCUAGAUUCGGUGCUUAUUGCCAAUGAGUGCUUGGAUCAUAGAUUGCGGGAAGGCGUCCCAGUAUUAGUUAAUGGUACUCCUGCUGGGUUCUUUAACAGCUCACGUGGUUUGAGGCAGGGAGAUUUCUUGCCUCCCCUCUUGUUCGUCAUUUUUAUGGAGGCAUUGGGGCGGUUGGUGAAGGAUGCUGUUGGUGGAGUGUCGGGGCUUAAGGUUAAUCUUAGUAAAUCCGAGAUGGUUGUGGUGGGUGCGGUGCCUAAUAUUAACAACUUGGCGCGGUUGUUGGAUUGCAAGGUGUUGUCCUUGCCUAUGAAAUAUUUGGGUCUUCCGCUGGGGGCCAAUUUGGCUUGA